CCGAAACUAACCAGCGACGCCAAUAGUAAACAGCAUCAAACGAGCGUCGAGUUAUUGUAGCCAAACUAAACACCAGUAAAGUUUUGGAAAAAAUGAAUAAGACAUCGUUCCUCUGUUUCGUUCUAUUGCUGGGAAGCAUGUCUCCAGUACAAGUCAAAGGGUGGAGCUGGACAGAUGUGGCCUUGGCAGGAGUAGCGGGAGCUGCUGCAGUAGUGGCCGCACCUGCUGUUCUCACGGCAGCAGGGUUCACUUCCGCAGGAGUUGCCGCGGGAUCUCUUGCAGCAGCGACUCAGUCAGCCGUUUACGGAGGAUAUGUGGCUUCUGGAAGUGCAUUUGCAUUAGCUCAGAGUGCAGGUGCCGCUGGGAUUGGCGCAAAAGGAGCAGCAGCUAUUUUCACAACCGUGGGAGGAACUACUCUGUACUCUAAGGAAGACUAGCCUGGCAUUUAAACAACAGUUCUGAUGCUCGAUUUGAUGGUAGAACAGAGCCAUAGACUAUUGCUGUUUUCUUCUAAACUGGUUUGUCUCUGUAUUGUACGGAUGCCGAUAAGCGCUUUUGUUGUUUUUUUCGCCAGUUGAAAUUGUAUUCAUUUUGGUACAUUUUGUCCAGUAUUCGUUUGAUUGUUUAAGUAAUAGCUGAGUAGUUGAUAUUAAAUUAAGAGAACACUUCUUGGUUUAUGA